GUAAUGCUAUGAGUUAAUUAUAAGCUCGUUCCCAGGGUCUUUUCACCCCAACUUCACCCCUAACUAAGGGAAAAGGCCCUGGGAACAAGGUUGCAGGAAUUUCCCCUUUUACAAGAUAAAUCGCUUUCAAAAAGCUCAGGUGGAUAACAACUACACAAAAUACCAUGACAGAAUUUUCAGUUAAAACGUGGGUGAAUAAACGCAAAGAUGUUGGAACUUAGCAAAUUGGCACGUCCCAAUCUUAAAUCACGAUCGAUACGAACGUGAUAACAUUCAAAUCGUACGGUGGCCCUGAGGUGCAGGUGUACGGUGGCCUUGAGGUGCCAUCCACUAUUUUAGCGACUUUUUUUGGCGACUGCUUUGCCGCUGGACGUUUUAUUACGGGCUCACUCCAUCUGCGUGGCAAACUGUGAAAAUGGCGGAAGAUAUGAGUAAGUAGGACCGUGAAAUUCUCGAGUACCAUGUUCAAACGGGAGAUGCAGAUACUAUUGAAAAAGCUGAAUCAUCUGAUCAGGAAUCAUUUAACACUAUGGAUGGUCUAGCACCAACUCAUUCAGAUAGUGGAUUAUUGGCUCACAGUGAUCAAAUCGAAUCGUCAAUGGAUUUUCUCGAACCUGCUCAUUCAGAUGUUGGAUUAUUGGCUCACAGUGAUCAAAUUGAAUCGUCCCGUACCAACUCAUUCUGAUAGUGGAUUAUUGGCCCAUAGUGAUCAAACUGAAUCAUCUAACACUAUUAUUUAUGCCCCAAGACCAACUAAUUCAGACAGAGUUUUGAGGAUAAGAAGAGCAUAUUUAAUGACUGAUAUGAUAAAAAAAUUUAAAGAUCACAUGAUAAUGAAAGAGCCCGUGUCAGUGGAUAUGGUCAAUAGUUUUGGAAAUGAAGAGCAUGCUGUAGACACAAAUGGUGUUUUUCUGGAUGCACUUUCAGCAUUUUGGAGCUCAUUCUUUGACUCAUGUUCAGUUGGCGAGGAAGAGAGUCCGGUUAUACGACAUGACUUUCAGUCCACUGAAUGGGAAUCUGUUGAGAGAAUAGUUGUGAAAGGUUAUCAGCAGCUGAAGUUCUUCCCAGUGAAAUUAAACAAGGCAUUCUUUGUCGCAGCCCUGUUUGGAGAAGGAGACUUCACAGAUGAACUGCUGUUAAACUCUUUCCAUGGCUAUGUUAGUCAAGAUGAAAGGGAUUUGGUUAACCUUGCCAUCGAUAACAAACUCACUGAAGAACAACAAUAAGAGUGGCGUGAGUUUUUGGAUCUGUUUGGCUGCAAGUUCCUCCCUAGGCCUGACCAACUGAAAAGCAUAAUCGUAGAAGUUGCCCAUAAAGAA